AUGCCGCAGCCUCUCCCAUUCCCAUCAAAAGAGUCCUCAGUCUGUGAACAAUGUGCAUACAUCUUCCGAGGAAAAUGCUUGAUCUACACCGCCGACGACGAAAAUGCAUGGCCUCUGCCAGUUCACCACCAGACUCUCGAGUCCUUCAAGGCCGCGGUUAAAUCUGGAUGUGUCCUCUGCCACCGCUUGAGGAAUGAAGUUCAUAGAAAGGGCCGUGGAGAGUUAUGUACACUGGAGAGAGCUACCGUGUUUUCUCGCUACGCACUGCGAAAGUUCCAAGAUGAUGACCGCGCGGAUUAUUGGCUGACGCUUAUCGUCCUUCGUCCGGGCUCGAGACCGGAAGGGGAUGGCUUCAGUGUUGAGCAUGGAUAUGACGGACCUACACAGUAUUCGGAGCAUGAGCCGAGUACAAUGUCUGAAACUGCUUUGGAUCAAGUUCUAAAAUGGAACGGGGAAUGCUGCUCUCACCACACUGUUUGCAAUUCCCACCGGGACCCUUCCUAUCUCCCAACCCGAGUCCUUGACAUUUCCGGGAAUCUGAACGACGAUAUCAAGCUGAAAGUCACUGAGAAUCACAUGAAACAGAUAGAGGACAACAAGAGCGAGCAUGAGUAUGCAACCCUUAGCCAUUGCUGGGGCCAAGAUCCCAUCAUCACUCUCCGCCAACAGAACAUCGAUCAGUUUCAAGAUUCCAUCGCGAUGACGGCACUCCCCUUGGUCUUCCAGCAAGCCAUCCACGUUGCGCGGAAGCUAGGAUUCGUGUACCUCUGGAUCGACUCUCUUUGUAUUAUCCAAGAUUCAGAAGAAGACUGGCGGCAUGAAUCCGCCUUCAUGGGAACGGUUUACAGCAACAGCGUCCUCAACAUAAUGGCUACAGAUAGUAAAGAUGGCACCCAGGGCUUAUUCAGGGAAAGAAGUCCUCUCGACCUGCAACACUGCAUCGUUCGAGCCGAGUGGACAGGUACCGCACCCCAAUCCUUCUAUAUUUACGACUGGAUGUCGUGGGAUGACCUCAUAGGGAGGGCGCCCCUCAACGGCCGCGGAUGGGAACGAAUCCUGUCCCCGCGUGUGCUGCAUUUUUCGCACAACCAGCUCGCCUGGGAAUGCCACGAGAAGGACGCAUGCGAGAUGUACCCCGACGGCAUGCCGACGAUAUUCGUAAACUUUGAUACCCAGGCCAAAAUCAUGGCCUCAGAGUCGUACUUGAAAUGGGUCAACAGCUGGCGGCAAAUGCACUUCAACCCGACUAUAGAUGUUGAAUACGCCAUAUGGGCACGUUUAGUACAUUUAUACAGCCAAACACGCGCAACGAAAGCAUCCGACAAGCUCAUAGCUAUCAGCGGUCUCGCUGAACGAAUGCGCGGCAUUAUGAAAAAUGACCAGAAAUAUCUUGCUGUUGCGCCUAAUGCGAUCGGUUCACGCAUCUUACGAUGGCGGAGACCAUACCGCGCGCCCUCUUGGUCGUGGUCGUCAUUGGAAGCCGAGGUAUACAUGCCGAUGGAGGAGUCUGCAGUGCCUUUGUCAACUUACAUCGCUAUCGAAGAGGCGAGCGUGACACCUCGAUCGUCAUUGAGCGAUACGGGAGAUGUGGUAGAUGGCCACAUUCGGCUCAGGGGAUCCUUGAUGAGAGCCGAACUUGUAAGCUCAAGCGAGGAGGGAUCGCGCAGUAAAAUGGACUUGCGGGUGGAUGGAAUGAAAACCGAUUCGGCUAUCUCUCUUGAUGAAGUGCGACUUGAUGAUAGCUACUCGGUCGUGUACUUACCUGUUGCAGGGGAGCAUGAUCCAGAUGGUGAUAGCCAGGCUGUCAUAGGCAUUCGUGCUUUACUAUUAGUCCCCGUCAAAGGCAAGCCUCAAGGGUGGUACUCGAGGUUUGGGUUUGCUGAUACUUGGCACGACCGUGAAGAUCCUGAGCCGAUCAACCACUUGAUCCGUAUAAUGGAAGAUCGUACCUUUAAUGACGAGAGCCUCUGUCUGGAGGGAGUGCCCAGGACUAUCAUGUUGAUAUAG